AAACAGAUUUCUUAAUUUAAAAAUAUAUUGUUUAAGCGUGUUUCCAAAAAUUAAAAAUUGCAAAAAAUCUAACCAGGCACACUUAAAUGGUCAAAGUUACUUUUUUGUUCGGGAUGAGGAGAGGCAGACACAAACUUUACAACCUUAACCGGAUGAGUCACCCAGCAGCCCUGGAAAAACUCAGUUCUGUAGUCGUUUAACAUUGGCAAACUAGCCAGCUACUUUUCUGUUUACAUGGGGGAAAAAAACAGUAAUUCUUGCUAUUCUUGCUAUUCUGUCUCCAUCAUGACCAAGCCAUGGCCAGUUUUGGCCAGUGUGACCUUAUUUUUCUUUUUUUGUCCCCACAGACUGUACCCUUUACUUUUACUUUAUCCUUACUCAACUUUUUAUUGGUUUUAAAAGGCUUUCCAUGUGCCUGACCUGGCUUUGGAGGCUGUAGAAACUGUUUUAACAUUUGGGCUAGAAAACAGCUUGUCAACUCAUGUUAUCUGCACUAAUGCAGUUAUUAGUUUGUAUACAUUGACUAGCUUGCUCUGGAGUUUUUCUUGCCAAGAAACUUUCAUCCUGAAAACCAGAGCUAACCUCCAGGAGGAACGUGUGCUCAGUGAGCCAGCACAAGGGCAAUGAGACUAUGUGUGGGACAAACACAAAGGCAGCCUGAGGAGACAGCUCAAAAGCAACUCUGCUUUUUGUUUUUGCUUGUUUUGUUGAGAUCAACAGAACAGUAUGGCCACCACUGUUGCUGUCAGUCCCAGCGAGUACCUUCAGCCCUCUGCCACCUCCACACAGGAAUCACAGCCCUCCCCACUGGCUCUUCUGGCUGCUACCUGCAGUAAGAUUGGCCCCCCUGCAGCUCAGGCGCCUGUCAGCACCCCUCCUACCCAGCCUGUCACCCGCCGCUUGUUACCUAUUAAGCCUGCUCCUAUUGCCCCUGCACCCCCAAAGAACCUGGGUUUCCUGUCCACCAAGAGUAACGUGAUCCAGCUCUCAGCAGGCCUUCCUUCCUCCACCCCCAGUGGUCCAAUCCUGCUCACCAUCCAGAACCCAGCUCGGCCUGCUGCCACCAAUAUCCAGUAUCAGGUGGUGCCACAGCUACAAGGUGCUUGUGGGCAGACUAUCCAGAUGAUGCCCCAGGGUGGGCAGAUUCAGAUAAUCCCAGGCACCAAUCAGGCUAUCAUCACUUCCCCUGUGACAGUCCCAGCCCCUCCUGUUCCUGCCACCACCCAGAAGUCCCUGGCCAUAAAGCCCUUUCCACAGAAGCGUCGACAGAACAGUGCCAAUGUGGUGCGGCUGCCUGGGGGCCUCACCCUUCCUCUCAGUGUGACUGCUAGUGAGGUGGGGGGAGCUCAGAUCCUUGCAGAAACUACGACUGCCCCUGCUCAAGCUUCUCCCGCCAAGGCUGCACGAAAGGGUCGCAAGAAACUUGUGACUGCCUCACAACCUAUUCCACCAGCACCGUCUCCACCCCCUGCUGUGGCUGUGGCUGAGCAAGUGGAGACCCUGCUGAUAGAAACAACAGCUGACAACAUUAUCCAGGCAGGAAACAACCUACUGAUCGUGCAGGGCUCAGGUCAGCCAGCCGUGGUACAACAGGUCCAACUGGUCCAGCAGAAGCCUGAUCAGCAGGUGGUGCAGAUACCUCCACAGGCCCUCAAAGUGGUACAGGCUGCCUCUGCCACCCUCCCUCCUGUCCCACAGAGACAACCCACUCCCAGCCAUCAGAUGACCACAGCUGAACCCACACAGGUACUAAUUAAAACAGCUUCAGGAGAGUGGCAGACAGUGCAGCUGCAGGAAACCACAGUGUCCACACCACCCCCCACUUCCAGCUCAGGCACUGUCGCCUUGCCCUCGGCUGGGGGAUGCAAGAGGAUGUUGGCUGGGGGUCGCAAGGAAAGAACCUUUCCCAAGAUUGCCCCAGCAGGAGGUCUGAUUGCACUUAAUGCAGCCCAACUGUCCUCAGCAUCACAAGCAGUGCAGACCAUCAAUAUCAACGGGGUGCAAGUGCAGGGAGUGCCUGUUACCAUCACCAAUGCAGGGGGUCAGCAACACCUCACCGUACAGACUGUGCAGAGUAGUGGGUUGCAGCUGGGUGGGGUGAGUGGUUCCCAGGGACAGCUGCAAGUGGAGCAAGCCUUGACACUGGAGAUCCAGGGCCAGCCCGGUGAGAAGAAACGACGUAUGGCCUGCACCUGCCCAAACUGCAAAGACAGUGAGAAAAGACCAGGGGAAAUGGGGAAGAAGAAGCACAUAUGCCACAUCCCAGGCUGUGAGAAGACCUUCCGCAAGACCUCAUUGCUGCGGGCACAUGUACGCCUACACACUGGGGAGCGUCCCUUCGUCUGUAACUGGGUUUUCUGCGGGAAGCGCUUCACACGUAGCGAUGAACUGCAGCGACACGCCAGGACACAUACAGGAGACAAACGCUUUGAAUGCACACAGUGCCAGAAGCGCUUCAUGAGGAGUGAUCAUCUCACCAAGCAUUACAAGACACACAUAAAUACAAAGAAUUUGUGAGAACGGUGUUCUGCAUCAGCGAGUGUGGUGUAUGCAAAGCUGGAAAUGGACAUCCUCAUGAACUUCAACACUCUGUUAAGGGGUUGGAAAACAGAAGUGGUGGUGUCCCAUGGGAGCGUGUUACCGAAAUGCACUCCGGCUAUACACAGUUAGGCCUGCUUGGUCUGCUUAGGCCUUCCCCUCAGGCUUGAACUGUUCCAGUGUUGUUUUUUGUUAUAUUUUUUGUUUGAUGGCAUUCUUUCUCCGCAGAGGGCUGUAUGUGACAGUGCGACAGACACUGCUGCAGUGUUUUAAAGCUCAGUAUGUACAGCCCAGCAACAUGUCCGGUGACAGUGCUGUGGUGCACUAAAAUUUAGCAUCUCCAUCCCAGUAACAUAUCUGGCCACAGUGCUGGCCCCUGUUGGAGAAUCCGCUGGCUUACCUUAGAUUCUGAAAGAUUCCUUUUCACCACCAAUCAUUCAGUCUAGCCUCCCUCCUUUUUUCCAUUGUCUUGUUAACAUCUGAAGAAAGUUGGCAGGAAAAGUAGGUUUUAAUAGUCUUGACUUCUUGCUCAUGUUCUCCCAGGUUGAGUUGGCCAAAGGUUUAAGGACACAGUUUUAGUAAUGUGUUUUGUGUGUGUGAAUGUGUGUGUGCAUGUACUUUUUCUGUGCUUUGUAUCCCCUUCAAAGAAGAAAUUUGAAUACAAUAUUGGCGACUUGUGCCCAAUAUUUCCAAUAUACGUUUUGGACUUGCACACGGAUUGCACAAACAUAUAUUACUAACCAAAGGGUAACUCCUUUUUGAGUAAACUGUAAUCUUUUUGAUUCUUUUAAAAAGUUAAAGUUUCAUGUGUCCAUUUAUUUUGAAAAGGACAUACCCCUUAUCCAGUGAGCUCUGCCCUGGAUAUGAAGAUGUGUUCUGCUACAAAUUAAGUGACCAUCCUUUUGAGACUUUGUGGUUGGGGUCAUUUUCCUUUUUCUAUUGGUUACCAUGAUUACCAGUCUUUUCAAACAACUUACUGCAGUUUUGCUUUCACUAUCAUUUUGGAAUGACAAACUGUAUUUGUAGGCCUGUCCCAUCACUCAUCAAAUUGGGGGAAUGAAGCAUUUUUUUUAUCUGCAGUUUUCUGGCUGAACCACAAUUUUCGCAAAUGGAGGAUUGCAAUUAAUGUACUGUUGGCACAGCCAGGCUGCAUGCAGCUUACUGACUACAAGAGUCACUCCGACCCUCCUUCCCUGGGCAAAAUUGUGAUUAUUAUUUGCAGGAACACCUACUAUGAAUGGUCCUUCAUAAGGCCUACAGUAUAUAACAGCUGCAUAAACAUAACAUAGAACCUUCAUAAACAUUACACAGAUCAGUGGUAACCAACCCUUUUCCUGGAGAUCUACCAUCCUGUAGGUUUUCAUUUCAACCAUAAUUUUGCACACCAGUCUCUGCUAAUUAACAGCUGAACACGAUCUCUAGUUGUUGAAUGAGGUGUGUUUUGUUAGGGUUGGAAUGAAAACCUAUAGGACCGUAGAUCUCCAGGAACGGGUUGGUUGCCACUGACAUAGAUAUUCAUCAAUUCAUCAAUGACAAUAACUACAAGUUGGCAUAUGGUGUAUGUGACUUGGUAUGUCAUGGCAAUGCCUCUUGGUGUAAUGUGUGGAGAUAUAACACCAUAUUUCUAUUUACAGUUAAUGACUAGUGCAUUUAUGUAGCGCUUAUGGAGGCGUUGUGUAGCUCUUAUGAUGAACCAUUCAUGAAAAGCAUUACCCAAUUUUCUUGACAAUAGUUUUUUUUUUGUCUAUCCUGCAGGGCCACAGUCAGUGCUUUAUUUGUUACAUUUAUUGGAACAUUUUUGGAAAAACAUUAGUACUUUGUUACUAAUAUUUUUUUCCAUUUUUAAAAAUUGUUCUGAUUAUGUCCUAAUAUUGAAUUAUAUCCAUAAUAUCAAUCACUCCAGUAUGUCACACAUUUACUGUUUUUCUUUGCGAAGUAUAAAGUGCAGUUUGUCAGUCAGAUGCAGCAACAAGAAAAAAAACCUGCACUAUUAUAAAAAUUUUGAUCAAUUUCACAUUGAAACACCUUAGAGGGGCCUUUAAAGAGAAAAAAGUAUGUGUGCAUACAUUUACAUUCAUGAACUGAACAGGUAACUGAACAGAAUUUAAGUUGGCUAAGCGAGAUAUGAAGGCCAUGAACUAUGGACUUUGGAAGUGAAGAAUGCAACAUGAUGUUGUAUAGCUCAUUCCUGCUGUAUACAAUGAGACUAGAUUAGUUUUUAUAUCGAUUACAAGUUGCCUUAGAUAAACUGAACCUAGUAUUUAAAGAGAUUGUUUAUUCUUAAGAAAAGCUUUUGUAGAAUUGCUUUAUUUUUUGUAAUGUUGGACAUGUCUAUAUCUGCCUGCACUAAUUAGAUCUGGUGAUGUUCAUUAAUUCUGUCAUUUAUUCAAAAGCAAGACUUUAUGCACAUGUUUAAUUAGAGGUGAUGAUUGGGUGGUCUCAUUGACUAAAAUGACACUGUGGCUGUCAGUCCGCCAGAGAGGUGGAUUGGUCUCAGCUGCGCUGGCUGGUCGAGAGAGCACACACACCUGGGCUGCAUUAGCUAAUCAGCCCAGGUGCUUAAAGGUGUGCUGCUCUCCACAGCUCGGGGCCGAGACCAAUCCGCCUUUCUGGUGGACCGACUGCCACAGUCUCAUUUUGGUCCUUGAGAGAAAUAAUUUGGAUUAUUUCCUGGAGGAAAAUUAACUUCCAAUAUGAAAGUCACUCUCAAAGCAGCAGUUACUGCUUUUACCCUCAAUUUACCAGUCUAAAUAGUUUAUGCCUGGUUGUUCUUUGUUGAAUGGAGUUGUAAGAGCUUACAUGUUUCAAAUUUACAUGCAGUGAAGUUCCAUUUUUAAAUGAAUGAUAAACCACAAACAUCACCCCUUUUCAUACUAAUGUAUUAUUUCAAAUAUAAUUUAAACAAAAAAAAGAACCACAUUUAGCCAUAUUAACUUUGUGAAGAUGUAAAUAACUUUGGGGGGGGGGGGGGGUCAAAUAUGCAGACUGUUGUGCAAAAAAAUCACACCAUCUGUGUUCAUAAAUACUUUUCCAGAUUGCAUUUGUUUAAACUUUAAUUUCUUGCUCAGCUGACUCCUUGGACCUUUCAAUGAGAGAUAGUGGUAUAUCAGGUUUCUUAUAGAGGACAGAGUGUCACUUUUUUGCUAUGCUAACACCCAUGGUGAAAAAAAAAAAUCAUUGUGCAGUGGGUCUUGCAAAAGUUGUGUGUUCCUUGCCAUUCAUACUAGACCAUCUAUUUUCUUUCCAUAUUUGCCUCACAAAAUUUGUAGAUCCAAGACAUCUCUUCACUGUCCACAACACAUUAUGUGAGUGUCCCAUUACAAUGAAGCUGAUGUUUUGAAAUUGGGUUUUAAAGGGACAAAAAUGAAAUGACGCUGUUUUCACUUACCCGGCAUGCUAUCUGUCCAUCCAGAUAGUUUUGCUGGAAUUUUACAAGUUCUCGAGAUAUCCGAUGCAGCUUAUCCUGAUACAAUGGACCUCAAUGGGACCAGGUUUUUGUGGCACUCAAGACACUAAAAAUGUACAUUAAUAACUCACCAGCACAGCAGUGUCAGCAUUUUUAAAACAAUAUUUAAACAAUGUUUUUAAACAACAUUGACACUGCGCCUCAGAAUGCUGCCGUGCUUUGGUUGAGACUUUUGUGGGUAUGCACAGUUGGCGUACUUUGAUAGCAAGUAGUUUUCAAUGAAACCAUGCACAACAAGGUAUGUGGAUGUUCUUGAGUUAUCGUCAUUUUAUGUUUGGAAAGAUAAUGCUGUUGAGUUUUUCGAAUGUAAAUUUUUUGGUGCUUUGAGCACCAGAAAAACUUGGUCCUGUUGAGGUAUGUUGUUUCAGGGUGGAUAUCUCUAAAACUUCAAAUCUCAGAAACUAUCUGGAUGGAUAGAUAGCACUCUGGGUAAGGGGAAACAUACAGUAGCUUUAUUUCAUUUUUGGGUGAACUGCCCCUUUAAUUGUAUUGAUCAGUUUGUUUAUAUACCGAACUGUUUCCACACCUAAAUGAUAAACUGUUCACUUGAAACAUUUUCACAUAUCAAUUUGUACACUUUAUUGUAAAUAAUUUUUUAUUUUUUUCUGUUUUUGUAUAAAUUAUAAACUAUAAUUUCCAGUGUGGGUUUGGCCAGUCACUGAUUCAUAAUGCAGCGGGGGGAUCUUAUUUAGGGAGAGAAAUUGAAAAAAAUAUAUUUUGACAUUUUUAAUUAUGAUAGAUACUGGAUAAUGUAAAGAAAAGUCAAUAUAAAGUGGUACAGCGUUGAGAUUUUUAAUCUCAUUUCCUGGUUUGAAACUUGUUAAGAAUCAUUAAUGUCUACAGCAGACAUGUCUAUAUUUAUUACCUUUGCUCUAAUUCUGACACUUCUCGCCCCCUUUUUCCCUUGUACAUUUGAGGUAGAGUGAACUUUUUAAAAAAUAAAAUUGGAACUGUUUCAUUUCUGCUAUAAAUGUUUUUUGUAAACAGGUGUAUGAAUAGUAUCUUAAAUAAAAUGUGUCCAGUUU